GAGCCGCUCUCACGAGAGUCACGACCCUGUGUUCUGAACUGCUUCAGGUGACCGCCUGUAUCAUCGAAUCCUCGAUCACUGGGUUUUCGAUUGCUACAAUGGCUCUCUCACUGCGUCUUCCAGAUGAUCUUUCACGGAGCUCUGUAACUCUCUGUCCUUAUCUUCUUUUUCUGCUAGGGUUUCCUCGGCGACUUGAGUUUCAUAGGCAUAUGGCAUUAACUAUUAGAUUUGCUUGUUCAUAUAAAUCUCUUGGACUUGAAAAAAUAAAUUUAACGUUCAAUUACAAUGUUGAUGAAUCUCUUUCUCAAUUUGGCUUCUUUUAGUUUUCAUGCACAUAAUUAAUUUGCUCGAUAAGGAUUUAUUACUUUGAAAUAAUAGCCAACAGUAUGAAGAGGAUCAGAAGUCUUGCUACUGGAGAUUCCAUGGCAAGACAGCAUGAAUUGGAGAUAGUGAAGAGUUUGAUUAUCUUUCCGAGUUUGAAAAUAUUUGAAUACGAUUCAUAUGAAGGUUUUUUCUUGUUCUGCAUCCUGUUAUGCAUCUCAGCUGAAGCAGAGGUCUUAAAAUAUAAAAACCCAGAUGAACCCAUGAAUAUGAGGAUCAAAGACUUGAUGGGUCGAAUGACAUUGUUGGAAAAAAUUGGUCAGAUGGUUCAACUAGACAGAACUGCUGCUACUCCUGAGAUUAUGAGGGAUUACUCUAUUGGUAGUCUACUCAGUGGAGGAGGGAGUACGCCACUCCCUCAGGCCACUGCUGAGGAUUGGAUUAACAUGGUUAAUGGUUUCCAGAAUGGAUCCCUAUCCAGCCGUCUUGGGAUUCCUAUGAUCUAUGGCAUUGAUGCUGUUCACGGCCACAAUAAUGUCUAUAAGGCUACAAUAUUCCCACACAACGUUGGUCUUGGAGCCACUAGGGACCCUGCCCUUGCAAAAAGGAUUGGUGCUGCGACUGCUCUUGAAGUUAGAGCUACUGGGAUUAAUUAUGCUUUUUCCCCGUGCAUUGCGGUUUGUAGAGAUCCUAGAUGGGGAAGGUGUUAUGAGAGCUACAGUGAGGACCCAACCAUUGUCAGGGAAAUGACAGAAAUCAUACCUGGAUUGCAAGGGGACCUUCCUUUGAAUUCACGAAAGGGUGUUCCUUAUGUUGCAAGUAAUAAGGUUGCGGCUUGUGCGAAGCAUUUUGUUGGCGAUGGUGGCACCACCAAGGGUAUCAAUGAGAACAACACUGUGAUUGAUAGGCAUGGACUGUUCAGCAUUCACAUGCCAGCUUACUAUGAUGCUAUUAGGAAGGGUGUAGCCACAGUCAUGGUUUCCUACUCAAGCUGGAAUGGGGAAAAGAUGCAUGCUAACCGUGAUCUUAUCACUAAUUUUCUCAAGGAUACCUUAAAGUUCAGGGGCUUUGUUAUCUCUGAUUGGCAAGGUAUUGAUAAGAUCACCACACCCAUACAUGCAAAUUACACCUACUCAGUUCUCAAAAGCGUUGAAGCUGGAAUAGACAUGGUCAUGCUUCCUUUCAAUCAUACCGAAUUCAUCGAUAUCCUGACCAGCUUGGUUGAGAAAAAUUUUAUUCCCAUGAGUCGUAUUGACGAUGCUGUUAGGAGAAUCUUGAGAGUGAAAUUCACAAUGGGUUUGUUUGAGAACCCCAUGGCUGAUCAGACCUAUAUGCACCAUCUUGGGGGCCAGAUGCAUAGAGAUUUGGCAAGGGAAGCCGUUAGGAAGUCGCUUGUUCUCUUGAAGAACGGACAGAAUGCUGAUAGUCCAUUGCUACCUCUUCCCAAAAAUGCAUCCAGAAUCUUGGUUGCUGGAACUCAUGCCAAUAAUCUUGGUUAUCAAUGUGGGGGUUGGACUAUUGCUUGGCAGGGACUUAGUGGGAACAACCUCACUUAUGGAACCACAAUCCUUAAUGCACUCUCAACUGCUGUUGAUCCUAGCACUGAGAUUGUUUACAGUGAAAACCCUAGUAGCGAUUUUGUCAAGUCAAAUAACUUUGACUUUGCCAUUGUUGCUAUUGGAGAGCCUCCUUAUGCUGAGACUAAAGGAGACAGCAUGAACUUGACUAUUAUGGAACCUGGUCCUAGCACAAUCAGCAAUGUGUGUGGUGGUGUCAAGUGUGUUGUUAUCACCAUCACCGGCAGACCUGUCGUGAUGGAACCUUAUCUUCCACAAAUAGAAGCACUUGUUGCUGCAUGGUUACCAGGCACCGAAGGCCAAGGAAUUGCUGAUGUUCUGUUCGGGGACUAUGGAUUCACCGGAAAGCUUGCCCGGACAUGGUUUAAAACAGUUGAUCAGCUACCAAUGAAUGUUGGUGAUGCUCACUAUGAUCCACUCUUCCCCUUUGGUUUUGGUCUUACUACUGAGCCCGUCAAGGAAAUGUAAUAUUGAGGCUUUGGACAACAUUAAGCUCUAGAAGAAUAAUGAAUUUUUCCAUACACAGUUCUGAGGUCAAAGAAAGUAAGAUUUCGGAAUAAUAUUAGUUGAUUUAGAUUUCA